AUGGAAAACGAGAACAUUUCUGAUCAGAGAGAAGAAAGUGGAGUCCCCAAUCAAGAUUCUCAAAGUCUUGAUCUUGAAGCUCUUCAAGCGACAGCAGAACUGAAAAAAUCCACCAUGGAUGAUAAGGGCAGCGCAUCGAUCUCGACUGAAGAAAUUGUGGGUCGUGACCAGCGUACUGAGUUGGUGGUUGAGGAAGAAAAAAGUCCAAAUAUGAGUGGGGUUUUGCUGGGUAGGACUGAAGGGUUGAAAAGUGAAGAAGAAGAUAUUGUGAAAGCAAAGUUCUUGAAUGGAAAAGAGAACAGUACUGAAGAUGGGGCAGUUGCUGAUCAGCAAGGCCUCAAUCCUCCUCUUCGUUCUGAAAUUGCUGAACAGAAACACGCUGCUGGUUCAGAAUUGAGGCAUUCUUGUAGUUCUGAAGGAGAUGGGAAGGAGAUUGUGGGUUCAGAUGAGAUUGUGAAAGGAGAGGUUGUGGAAUCAGUGUUCUUGAAUGAAAAAAUGGUGGGUUCGGAUGAGAAUCUGGGUUUGAUAACUGGGUCAGUAUCAGUGGGUGGACAAGAAAAGACUGAAAAUGGGAAAGGGGUAGUUACUACUGAUCAACAAGACCUCAAUACUCUUGUUCCUGAAAUUUCUGAGAAAGAGCAGAUUGGUUCUGGUUCAGGGUCGAGUUUAUCUGGUUCAGGAGGAGUCACAGAUCAAAAUUUUGAGUUUGGAAAGAGAGCAGAUGACGUGACAUUAGGAGAGGCUGAUGAAUCCAAUCAAGAAUGGAGGGAUAUCAAAGAGGCUAUCAUGAGAGCAGAUCAGCUGGACCUAGAGUCUUUUGGCCUAAAGAUUGAACGUCGGGUGCGAGCUUCGGUUGAGGACAUGGUGAGAUAUCCCCAGAUAAAUUCAAAGACAAUGAGUCUCUCUAUAGGUGACUGGGAGAGAAUUCUGGAAGCUGAUCAAGUACCUACGCAGAGAGAACUUGGAGAGCUGGAAAAGAAAAAUGUUGAGAUUACAUUCGAGAAUUUGUCUCUCGAGGCACAGAUAGAUGGAGAGCAAAGAAAGAUGCAGGCAUUAAAGGUGCUUUCUGAGUAUAUGGAAGGUAAACUUGGUGUUAUUAAGGAAGCAGAACUUGAUAAGGGGAAGACCAUUGCUGAACUUGAAGAAGAAACAAAAACUGAAGUUGAGAAGGAAAAGAAUGAGAUUCAUGAAUUGCAGGAACUAGUUAACGUGGAAGAAUCAAAAGAGACUGAGUUGAAAGUGGAGAUGCCAUCAAAGGCCCUAGGGCUGCUGCAUUGGCCUAAGCUGCUGAUGUCUGCCGGUGUCGUAAUAACUAUACUUUACACAGCAUUGAAGAUGAAGCGAAGGUAA